AUGAAGCAAAUGUUUUUAUUUAUUGCUUUUGGAAUGGUGUUGAUGUCAAAUCUAAAAUUUCAUCAAGCUUCAAUUUCGAAAUGCUACUUCACUGAAGCUUCAUUGGGCUUGACGAAAUCGCAGAUAGACUACGUGUGUCAGUAUGCAGAUGAGUGUAUUGAUGCUGGAAAAUCCAGAUUAGCUUCUAAAAAGAUAAGGCAUGGACACGAUUCGUCUGAAGAACUUUCUAGUGUGUCUGAAGAGGAGCUUUUUAAUCCGUACUACUCUACGACAAGACGGGCACCAACACGAAGACCAGGAUUUCAACAAAAACCGAAACCUACACGAAGACCUUCACAAAAACCGAAACCAUCAAGAAGACCGGAACAUCCACGAAGACCGUUAAUAUCGAUUAAGAUAAUGGGAAGAUCAAGAAGAACUGGUUUUACUUACGGUGAUGAAUUACCGUACUUUAGUACAUUACAUCAUACUCUACGGGAUAAAACAUAUGCUCACGAAGGAAUUCUAUUUGUGAAAUGUCAUGAUUUAGCAUGCAAGUCACUUGUAAGACAACCAAAUAAGUUUGGUAGAGUUUCGAAAGAGGCAAAAGAAGCAUGCGCAGAGUUGAAUAAUCCAAAUUCACCGAUUAAAAAACUGAAUAUUUUAGAAGAAUCAUUUUCAGAAGAAUCAUUUGAAAAAUAA